AGUCCUGGUCCCUGCGCGGCGGAGACUCGGGGGCGAGCUCGUGGCGGAGACAUGGACGUAGAUGCUAUUUCAAAAUACUCCGUGUUGCAUGCCAAGCCCAAUGGACUUACUCUUCAGUAUGGGACUGCUGGGUUUCGAACCAAAGCAGAACAUCUUGAUCACGUCAUGUUUCGCAUGGGAUUGCUAGCUGUCCUGAGGUCCAAGCAAACAAAAUCUACAAUAGGAGUCAUGGUCACAGCAUCUCAUAACCCCGAGGAGGACAACGGUGUGAAACUAGUGGACCCCUUGGGGGAGAUGCUGGCCCUGUGCUGGGAGGAGUACGCCACCCGCUUGGCAAACGCUGAAGAGCAAGAGGUGGUGAGGGUAUUGCUGGACAUCAGCGAGAGAGCAGCCGUGAAUCUGCAGCAAGAGGCCUUCGUCGUGAUUGCUAGAGAUACCAGGCCCAGCAGUAAGAAACUUUCACAGGCUGUUAUCGAUGGUGUGACUGUUUUAGGAGGUCAAUUCCAUGAUUAUGGGUUGUUGACCACACCGCAGCUGCACUACAUGGUAUGCUGUCGAAAUACUAACGGCCAGUACGGAAAAGCGACCUUGGAAGGUUAUUACGAGAAGCUCUCGAAGGCCUUUUUGGAACUUAACAAACAGGUUUUUAACAAUGGAGAUGAACAAAGGUCACUCAAGGUCGACUGUGCAAAUGGCAUAGGGGCCCUCAAGCUAAAGGAGAUGGAACACUACUUCUCACAGCGGCUGUCCGUUCAGCUGUUUAACGACGGGACCAAAGGGAAGCUCAAUCAUCUCUGUGGUGCUGACUUUGUGAAAAGUCGUCAGGAACCUCCACAGGGAAUGGAAAUAAAAUCCGAUGAGAGAUGUUGUUCCUUUGAUGGAGAUGCCGACAGAAUUCUCUAUUACUACCAUGACACGAAGGGCCACUUUCAUCUCAUAGACGGAGACAAGAUGGCAACACUCAUCAGUAGCUUCCUGAAAGAGCUUCUCUCGGAGAUUGGAGAAAGUUUCAAUAUUGGCGUUGUACAAACGGCGUAUGCAAAUGGAAGCUCAACAAGGUACCUUGAGGAAGUCGUGAAGGUACCUGUCUAUUGUACUAAAACCGGCGUAAAACAUUUGCACCACAAGGCUCAAGAGUUUGACAUCGGAGUUUAUUUCGAAGCAAACGGUCACGGCACGGUACUGUUUAGUAAAGCUGCGGAAACGAAGAUAAGACAACUUGCAAAAGACCUCGAGGAGAAGAAGAGGAACACUGCUAAGAUCCUUGAGAACAUCAUUGACUUGUUCAAUCAGGCAGCUGGUGAUGCCAUUUCCGACAUGCUGGUGAUCGAGGCGAUCCUGGCUCUCAAAGGCUUGACUGUGCAGCAGUGGGACGCUCUCUAUACGGACCUUCCAAACAGACAGGUCAAAGUUAAGGUUGCAGACAGGCAGGUCAUAAGCACCACCAACGCCGAGAGACAGGCCGUAACUCCCCCAGGACUGCAGGAGGCAAUUGAUGAGCUGGUGAAGAAGUACCGGCUUUCCCGAGCUUUUGUCCGGCCCUCUGGCACAGAAGAUGUUGUCCGAAUAUACGCAGAGGCAGACUCACAGGAAAGUGUGGACAGCCUUGCACAUGAAGUGAGCCUGGCAGUCUUCCAGCUGGCUGGGGGAAUUGGAGAAAUACCUCAACAAAAUUUCUGAAGACAAUUUUUAUCUUCUCAAGAAACUGAAUUUUUAGUUUUUGCAAAAUCGUAGACUGUCAUUAUUGGGACAUACUCAGACAUGUUGUUUACAGUCAGGGCACCUAAUUGGGUUGUUCUGAUUAUUUUUCUUAAACACUACCAGAGUCAUUCUCUACAAAUAGGUACAUCUUAUACUGGUUAAAUUAAGAUUUUUAAAAAGAGGAAACUUACUGCGAAUCCUGAUUUCACUAAUAUCAGAUAUUGAGACUUAGGCAUAUGAUUCAGCCAUUAACCUUCUAAUGUAUUUAGGGGAAAAUCCUGGGGGCUGCUGGGAAAUUAAAUCUUAUUUAUUACCAACUCGUUUUGAGGUCUUUUCCUUCACUAUUACCUUUUAUGUUAUUUUGCAGAACCACUCCCUUACCAUUAUCAUCACAUAUGAGGAUGAUGGUGAAGACUCAGCCUUCAGAACAAUGUUGUUUUUUUUUAGUUCCUUAUGAA